AUGUCAAACAUUCUCGUUACAGGAAGCUCCCGGGGUCUCGGGUUGGAGUUGGUGAAGCAGCUCGCUGCCCGUGCCAGUACCGAAGGAGGGCUAGUUAUUGCUACGGCGCGGAAAUGCAGCUCGGAUCUUAACGAACUUGUUGCGCAGUCCAAUGAAACUGUUGUGUUUGUCUCGUUAGAUGUGGCAGAUGAGGCGUCCAUUACACAGUCGGUCGAGGAGACCAAAGCGGCAUUGAACCAGCGAAGUCUAGAUGUCCUGAUCAACUGCGCCGGCGUACACAGCGAGACUCACGGAAAGCUAGCUCACAUUGACAUGGGUGGGAAAGACGCUGAUCUUACCGUGCCGCAGGGCGCCGAGGCGGUCUGUAAUACCGUUGAAUCGGCCACUGCCAAGGAUAAUGGUAGCUUUAAGAACAUCUAUGUGCCUGGUUGGGAGAGAUAUGAUGAGCAACCACAGCGAGAGGCAUUUGCGCAUAACUCGGGGCAAAGACCCCGAACUGCGGCUGUCCGGUCGACACCGGGCGCCAAUGGCUCUAAUUAUCAUGCACUCCAGGCAAAGAACAUUAUCGAGUUGGAGCUCGACGAUUGUCAAUUAAUAAGUAGAGAGCGACAAUCGAUUCUCAGGUCUGCACUUCAAGUGGUGAGUAGCGUCGCUGAAAGUGAGCCCUAUCAGUCAGGAAACGCCAUAGAGCACCCCCGGCCCACAGACCCAACGGUCACGAUUCCAGAAGAGCCCCCUCGAGAGCUGCUCUUCAUGCUUCUACAAGGUCCUCCAGACGCCGUGCGAAUACAAUGGCCCGAUCACAUACCGCGGAAGACUUACGAGCGGAUGGCCACGGCACUUUUGCAAUCCGAUUCUAGAAACCAAUUGUUUCAUCAAUAUUGCGUUUGUGUUUACGUGAAAGCUAUAUUUCAUUUGUAUCAAGUUUCACGAGCUACCGACAACCCUCUUAUAAAAAGCCAGCUUCUACAGUCCAAGUCUGCCUACACAGCAGCUGCUACUCGAAGCAUUGAGCAGUUUAAUAUACUUCAGCGACCAGAUAUCGUGACUGUCCAGGCUUUGAUAUCAAGCGCUUUGCUCAUGCAGCACAUAGGGAGACUCAACCAAUGCUGGAUCCUCACCUCAUAUGCUGCUCGCCAGAUCUCCUCACUCAAUUAUCAUAAGACCUGCAGAGUACCGGCGACAUCUGAACUCGAGCAAGAGAUCCACUCCGCCGUUUACUGGUGUUACUACCUCGAUCGGACUUUGAGUUCCCUUCUCGAUCGAGGUCCUUCCCUACCCGACCUCGAAGUUUCCCCAACAGAUCUUAUUCAGUUAGAUCCCUCUUCUCCAUAUGAUACUCUGCUAAGCGUUAUACUUGACGUCGCACAAAUUCAAGGGAGACUACAUGCAAUAUCCUCCUGUCAGGAAAGUUUAUCCAAUAGCCACGCGUUAGAAACAUGCCAGCUUCUUGAAUCCAAGAUGCAGGCCAUUCUUCCAAGUUUACAGUCGAACCGUGAUGCCCUUCCAAAGAUGGUUCAGUAUGACUGGAUCGGCGUCGAUUUCUGCUACUAUGCGAUUUUUGUAGAGAUCCAUCGAAUACACCUGAAAAGCUCCUUUUCACCGCACAUAUAUCGAAAAUGUCUCGUUCACGCCCGAAAGUCGCUCGAGGCAUUUCACUUCCUCCAGCAGCACGCCUCUGAAAUGCCGGGCUUUGAUGAUCCCUACCCGUCAUUUUUAACAUGCGGGUUUUUCGUUGUCUUCUGUCAUAUAGUCGGCACCUCCGAUGCCAGCGACUACCACCUCCUGCGACAGAUCACUGAAAGCUUGGCGCAUUUCAAGCAAGAUCCACACCUCGGACGACUCCUGACCCUCCUCCAAUCACUACAGCGACUUUGUGAGCCUUUGUUUCAAAGCCAAAGCAACAGCGACUCUGUCACGGAAGAUAUUCCGUCGAAUGCCAACCCACCAGUGCCUUUCUCCGCACCAGAAGGUCCCUCCACUGACUCUUUCACGAUCCAAGACUCCCCCACGGCUUUAUUCCAGGAUGAAAUGGCACUGGUCGAUGGACCCUUGCAGAACACAGAGCUAGAUCCCUCGACCGAGUGGCAGAUGUGGCAGCUCUUCAACAGUCAGGUCCCAGCUGGUUGGUUAAACAGGGGCGUUGACCUAUUCAAUCUUUGA